UGUUCCUCUGGGAUACAAGUCCAGUUUGAGGCGGAUUGAGGAGGCAUGGGGCACAUAAUCACAAUAAACUGGAGAUCACAUGGAACGAUUCGACAACCUGUGAACUUCAAAUUCAACGCCAGCACCGCCAAGUUUCGGCUUGUACAUUUGGCAUUUGGAUCUGUUCUCUCCAGUGCGCGUAACCACAUGCGCAUGCGUCCCUGCGUUGAGUGAAAAGGAAACGCGCUGUAACGGAGAGAAAGCGUUCCAGUGAACCGCUAUACGUUCCUACAGACAGACUUCAGGCCACACAGAGCAACUGUAAACGAUCCUGUAGUUAGCGUGUAUUCUUCUUGUUUCCGCUACAUUGUUUCGAGGGAUUAACUUUGAUGCUCACAUCGCACCAGUGCUUCUACCCGGGUGUGUGCGCUACAGGCAGACGCAUAUUUCGCGUUUUCCCACACAGUGUGUGUCACCAAGAGCAACGUGAACUUGGUUGCAACAUCAUUGUACAGUACAACAGGCUUGUUCCACGGAUUAGAGCUCAUCUGUCGGGCAGCGCUGCUGGGAGAAGCCCCGACUCAUUACAUAUGAAUCACUGAGGACAUACUAAUUGGAAAUGAAAGAGGGAAAAGGAUGACCUCAUGCACUGUGUAGACAUGAUAUGUCAAUGGAGCAUGUGAAGAUGUCCCAGAAGGCAACUAAAAGUAAGCUCUUUUUUGCAGGGUGGCUUCUCCUAAUUCUCCUCUUCUUCAUCUCUUUUGUCACAUACUACUGCUCCUAUGGCAUACUUCAGAGCUACGGAGGCACCAGCAAGUCUCCGAACAGUAGCAAGUUGCUGUGUGGUGGCUGGCUAACCCAUAAGAAGUGGGAGAGCCUUAACUUUAACAUUAGCAGACAGAUGCAGCUCUUUCUGAAAAUGGAGGAUUUCUUCUGGCGGGAGCAUCUGUCAAAUCUGGCAUUACCUUAUGGAAUUAAGAGCAGUGAGCCGCUGCUAGUGAAAGUUCUUGCUGUAAUUGGAAAUGAUGAGGUGCCUGCCAAAAUUGCAAACCUUGAAUGCAGAACCUGUGUUGUCAUAGGCAAUGGCUUUGCUAUUAAAAACAGCUCCUUGGGAAGCACCAUCAACAAAUAUGACGUGGUCAUUCGGUUGAACGAUGCCCCAGUGAGAGGCUAUGAGGAGGACGUGGGUAACAAGACCACCAUGAGGUUCUUCUACCCCGAGUCGGCCUCUUACAACCCUGGACUGCACAACGAGCCCGGCACGCUUAUGGUCCUGGUGCCUUUCAAGCCGCAAGAUCUCCGCUGGCUCAAAGAGAUCCUCUAUAAUGAGAAGAGGGUCAGGAAAGGCUUUUGGAAGCCCCCUCCCCAAAUCUGGUUGGGUGACAUCAGUAAAAUCAGAGUGCUGGACCCCCACUUUCUGCACAAGACUGCAGACAAACUGCUCCGGAUCCCACUGCACCCCAAAAGUAAACAGCCAGUGCAUCCUACCACGGGUAUCCUCGCUGUGUUUGUUGCUCUCAACUACUGUGAUGUGGUCCACAUUGCUGGUUUUGGAUACCCCAACACAAAGAGCCAAAAGCACCCUAUCCAUUACUACGGAUAUGACACUAUGAAGUCUAUGAAGAAUUCUUACCAUGACCUCAAUCAUGAAGCUGAAGCCUUAAAAAGACUGGAGGAUUCGGGAGCCAUUUUGUACCUGCACCCACAUUGAUGAUACACCCACUUUUCCAGUUUGAUUUAAUCCAAAAAUAAAUGAUUGCACACCAAAUCACAUUUGAAUGUGGUUUAGGUCAUCCCAUCCAAAUGAAAUCUUAAUGUGCCUUCUGCAGUGGAAUGCAAGACAUUAUGCUGGUGCAUUAAGGCAUAAUUUGGUGACACGAGUGUCACAGAUCUAGCUCUGAAGAAUGUUUAUCUUCCUGGCGCCUAAUAUUCUGUCAAACUCCAAGACAUUAAACGUGAUUUACCUGCUUUUUAAACAACUUUCCUUCAAUUUGUCCAGUAGAAUAAACGUUGGUAACAUAGCAGUUUUUAAAGUUUUGUAACUUUAAAGGUUUUAAAUCACAACUUUCAUAGUUAGUUUGCAGGACAUUAACUAUUCAUGUGGCUACCCAGUUGUCAGUUUGUGAUAAGCAAAGUUACAUCACAUUAUAUCUGGACUUUUGAUAAUUCCAAUGCUUUGAUGUUGUUUUAUUGGUCAUUUGUGUGGGUUCAUAACUGCUAUAUCAUAGGAAUCAAGCAUUUCAGAUCUACAGCUCAAAUGUUUUUUUUUUGUUUGCAGAUAUUUCAUGCAUAUAAUUGAGCUGCAAAACUAAGCAGACCAGAUUAUUAUUCACCGUAUACACUUGCCACGGUUUGAGUUUCAUUUUCACUAUUUUCAAGUCAGAAUCUAUUUUACAGUAAAGAUGUGUGUACGAAUCUAUUGAGAUGUUUUGUGAAUUUAACUUUCAAUGUACAUUUUAGUUUGAAUGAAAGGAAAAUGAAUUGAUCACAAUCCUGAUUUACACAAUUUUAGAUUCACUUUACCUUUAGAUCUCUUGGACUGGAAAUACAACUUGUAUUUUGCCAAUUUCUUAGAGUGUUUGAUUACAGUUGUCUGUUUUUUAUUUUUAUUUAUUCAAUCCUUUUUGUUUGAGGUGGGGGGCUAUUUUUUUUUUUUUAGAAACAAUACCAGUAAAUGGUGCCACUGGAUAUUUUUUAUUGUACAGAAAAUGAAAUCAUUUUUAAUUAAAAGUAAAUCAAAAUGAAUCU